GCUUGCCCAUGCUUGUCGAUGGCGCAACCAGGUGAAACCAAUUUCACCAGAUUUCACGAGCUUCGAAUCGUUUCGACACUUGAUAACGAAGUCGAUUAAACGAAACUCCAUGUACUGAUACUGCGAAAAAUUGCCACGUUACUUGGUCCCGCACAAGUAACGAUAGAGUUUGAAUUAAUUAAUGAAUUGUAUCGUAAAAAAUCAUGGAUCAUUAAUAUAUUCUGAAAGUCACUUCCUUCAACUUUCCAACUUCCAAAGUUACAUAUGCACAUGUAAUUACACGUUAUCACGACUCACGAGUUCAGCGGAGUCGUACAAUGAUAAGCAUUCUAGUUACAUAAAAUCGAACAGUGCGCGAACACUUAAAAAUCGUAUCAGAUUGGAGAAGAGUAUAAUUUAUUAAAAUUUCGAGAUGUCUGUACGAAUUUCAGUAAAAAAAGUUAUAAACUGCCAAUGGGCUAAUGUGAAACAUUUAAGUUCGAUUGCUAAUGAACCACCACACCCAGGGAUUAAAAGUACUAGAUACACGGAUGUACCCAAAUUCACAAAUCUAGAUUCGUACGAUGCUAUUCCAAUAUACAGAAUUUUGUAUCCAUCUGGAUGUAAAGAAUCGCUUGGAAACCUGAAGUUGAACCAUGAAAUUUUAGAAAAAAUGUAUCGUAAUAUGAUGACUCUAAAUAUAAUGGACAAAAUUCUCUAUGAAUCUCAACGUCAAGGUCGCAUUUCUUUCUACAUGUCAAAUUAUGGGGAAGAAGCGGUACAAGUUGGAUCAGCGGCUGCUUUAACUUUAAAAGAUAUUAUAUAUGCACAAUAUAGAGAAGCAGGAGUACUUCUAUGGCGUGGUUUUCGCAUGCAAGAAUUUAUGAAUCAAUGUUAUGGUAAUUGUGACGAUGAAGGCAAGGGUAGACAAAUGCCAGUACAUUACGGAUCGAAGGAUUUGAAUUUUGUAACUAUAUCAUCUCCUUUAACAACUCAAUUGCCACAAGCGGCAGGGGCUGCUUAUGCAUUGAAACGUGCUAAACAUCAAGCAUGUGUAAUAGUUUAUUUUGGAGAAGGUGCUGCAAGCGAAGGUGAUGCACACGCAGCUUUUAAUUUUGCCGCUACUCUCAAAUGCCCAGUUAUUUUUCUAUGCCGAAAUAAUGCAUAUGCAAUUUCAACUUCCACACGCGAUCAAUAUGCUGGAGAUGGAAUUGCAGCCAGAGGCCCAGCAUACGGUAUCGAGACAAUUCGUGUAGAUGGAAAUGACAUACUUGCCGUAUACUCUGCCACGCAACUGGCGCGAAAUUUUUGUUUAACCAAAGGAAAACCUGUUUUAAUAGAAGCUCUUACAUAUAGAAUUGGACAUCACAGUACAUCCGACGACAGUACUACUUAUAGAUCAGUGGAAGAAACAAAUAAUUGGAGUAAGCACGUGCCAAUUUUAAGGUUUCGAGCAUUUUUAGAACAACUUGGUAUAUGGAAUCAAGAGAAGGAAACAGCCUUAGUAAAUUCAACAAAAAAAGAAAUAUUAUCUGCCUUUGCCGAAGCUGAAAAGAAACCAAAACCUCUGUGGACAGAACUUUUUACAGAUGUUUACCACGACAUGCCAAAUCAUAUAAGGAAACAAAUGGAAUCAAUGAAAAAUCACUUAAAAGAAUAUUCUGACCAUUAUCCAUUAAAUGCAUUUAAACAAGCAUAGUUAGUACCAGAAUCUAUAAAUAACAUCUACCUCGUAUUAUUAAUAAUUAAUAUGUACUUUAUUGUACAAGUAAGCAUAAUUCAAUAGACUACUUAUAGAUACAUUAUAUCAUAUAAAAGGGAUUGUGGUUGUUGGUA